AUGGUCAACUCAGUGCACCGAGUGUCACUGGGGGAUACGUGGAGCAGGCAAAUGAACCCGGACGUAGAGAGUGAGAGGUACCAUCAGUCCUUCAAUGUGGAACGACUCACCAACAUCCUUGAUAGAGGUGCCCACAACACUGCGCUCCGGAGGAAAAUCGAGAACAUCAUCCAGAGUAACCCAGACUUCAACCUUCAGGACAUUUAUUUCAUGUCCCAGAAUGAACGAUAUGAGAGUGCCAUACGGAGGAAAGUCCACAUCCAGAAGCUAGCACAGCAGUUGGGCUGGCAGUUUGAUGGUCCUGAAGUAGUCUACAUUUACAGAGCUCUUGGUGGAGACGUGGGCUUAAAUUUACACAUGGUGUUCCUGAAAGCUCUCAGGAGCCUGGGCACUGAGGAGCAGAUUGCCAAAUGGGAGCCGCUCUGCAGAGAUUUCCAGAUCAUCACAACAUACGCUCAGACAGAACUGGGACAUGGGACAUACCUUCAGGGAUUGGAGACUGAAGCCUCUUUUGACACAGCCACCCAGGAGUUUGUGAUCCACAGCCCCACGCUGACUGCCACCAAGUGGUGGCCUGGAGACCUGGGACGGACAGCCACCCAUGCGCUGGUCCUGGCCCAGCUGAUCUGCUCGGGAGCCCGGCAGGGCAUGCAUGCCUUUAUUGUGCCCAUCCGGAGCCUCCAGGACCACACCCCACUGCCAGGCAUCACUGUUGGAGACAUUGGACCCAAGAUGGACUUUGAACAUUCAGACAAUGGCUUCCUGAGACUAGACCAUGUGCGGAUACCCAAGGAGAACAUGCUGAAUCGGUUUGCACAGAUUUUACCAGAUGGCACCUACGUCAAGCGCGGAACAGUACAGAGCAAUUACCUUUCCAUGGUGGUGGUACGAGUGGGACUGCUGUUGGACGAGGUCAUACCCCUGCUGCAGAAGGCUUGUGUCAUCGCCAUGCGCUACUCGGUCAUACGCCGCCAGUCCCGGCUUCAGCCCAGUGACCCAGAGGCAAAAAUCCUGGAUUACCAGACUCAGCAGCAAAAACUCUUUCCUCAGCUGGCCAUGGCCUAUGCUUUUCAUUUCCGGGCAGUCAGUCUGUUGGAGUUCUUCGAGAACGCGUACAAUACCAUUCUGAAGGGAGACUUCAGCCUCCUGCCUGAGCUCCAUGCACUGAGUGCAGGUCUGAAGGCCAUGGUAUCGGAGUCCUGUACCCAGGGGGCUGAGGUGUGCCGCAGGGCCUGUGGAGGACAUGGCUUCUCGAAGCUGAGCGGCCUGCCGUCCGUGCUCACCAGGGUGACGGCAUCUUGUACCUAUGAAGGCGAGAACACUGUACUCUACCUGCAGACGGCCAGGUUCCUGGUGAGUAACUGUCUGCAGGCCCAGAUGUCCCCCAGCUCCACAGCACAGAGGUCACUACCUCAAUCUGUCAUGUACCUCUAUGCACCUGUCCUGGCAAGGUGUCCAGCCCAAAAAGCAGCUGACUUUCUGCACCCAGAGCUCUACACUGAUGCCUGGGCCCACGCAGCAGCCAGGCUCACAAAGGACUCAGUGCAUCAUUUACAGACCCUGACACAAUCCGGCGUUGACAAGCACGAGGCAUGGAACCAGACCUCUGUCCUACUUGUCCAGGCUGCCAAGGCACACUGCUACUAUGUCACUGUGAAGAGUUUUACACAGGUUCUGGAGGAACUGAAAAAUGAGCCAGCGAUUCAACAGGUGCUAAAGCGUCUCUGUGACCUCUAUGCCUUACAUGGCAUCUUGACCAACAUGGGUGACUUUCUCCACGACAGCUUCCUGUCUGGAGCCCAAGCAGACAUGGUGAGAACAGCCUACCUGGACCUCCUCAGCCUGAUCCGGAAGGACGCAAUCUUGCUAACUGAUGCUUUUGACUUCACUGAUAUGUGUUUAAACUCAGCACUUGGCUGUUAUGAUGGAAACGUCUAUCAACGUCUGUUCGACUGGGCUCAGAGAUCGCCAACCAAUACUCAGAGGAAUCCUGCCUAUGAGAAAUACUUACGACCACUAUUACAAAGCUGGAAAGCCAAGUUAUGA